UCAUCGCAUCUAUUUGAAGAUUGUGGCCUGUUUUGGCUAUUUUCGGAAACGCUCGUAGCACUUGCUGGAGGCGCUUCUUGCCAAGCGCUCCAACGAAAACUUGAACUCGACCAUGAACUUGACAUUUCUUUUGACACGGACAUAAGUUAUGAAGAUCCAUCUAUCGUCGCUCUUACGCUCGAGAUAUAUCCAUUCGACCAACAACUCAAAUAUCCUUUCCCGAGUCAAGCCAAUCCGACGGCCCAUGAUAUAUUUCAUCUUUCUCCAGAUGCAUCUGGUGCUGAUAUCAAGAAACGAUACACCGCACAGUCACAAGGCAUAACUGUCGAACAAGCAGAAGCAAGGUUCCACGCCAUCACUCAAGCCUACAACGCUCUCCUACAACUCGACCCAGAUUACCGAGCAAAAUCAUCCGAUGGGACGUCCCUCGAUAAGGAAGCGGAAGAGAUUAAAGAACGACUGGCCAAGUGGUCACGUAUGGGACAGUCGUCUCAGGACAGGGCGCGUCGCCAACGCGCUAUGGAUGCAGAAGCAUCUGCUGGGAAAUGGUGGAAGGCAUUAAUGGCAUUCAAGAUGGUGGUCGUCACUGUCAUGCAAGUACAAGGUCGCUCAAUUCCGGCACAGAAGGAAAGGUUGAAAAAGUAUAUAGACAUGCCAAUUGAG